AUGAUAAAUUCCACUAAAAUUCUUAAGACUUUAGUUAAAUCUAUUACAUUAAACUUUUCAAUCCAAUACACAUUCAUAAAUCGUUUUAUCUCUCCCUCGCUCGCUAAUCCUUCCCUUUUAUUGCCGUUUAUAACAUACGCCGUCGCAGACUCCGUUAAGAGAACUUUAAACUUACCAGAGAAUGAGAAUCUCACACCUUCGGAAGUCAGCCCCACCGCAUUGCGUAACGAAAACUCUGGCGCUGCGGAAAGAUGGCCAGGUUGGCCUGGUGAUUGCGUGUUUCGUGUGAUCAUUCCGGUGCAUAGGGUCAGGCUCGGAGCUAUUACCGAACGUCAAGGAUAAUUCAUGAGUAAGUUGUGGCAGGAGACUCGUGCUCGCCCAACUAUCCAAGUCUUCCAUUGUCCCGCUGAGACUCCUGAUUGCCUCGUGAUAAUAUCUGGAAAGGAAAAACCAGAAGCCAACAUGUCCCUGGCAGUGGACGCAGUCGUCAGGGUGUUCAGGCGAGUUUCAAGGUUGCCUGAUAACGAUGAUGACGAUGUUCAAAACGCUGGAAGUGCGUUCUCUUUAGUACGGGCAGUCAAGCUCAUGGUCCCAUGGACGCAGGCGAUCACUUUGGUUGGAAAGCAAGGAUCUGUAAUCAAAUCAAUAGUAGAGAACUCUGGUGCAUCAGUUCGCAUUUUAUCACAAGAGGAAACGCCGUGUUAUGCUGCAAAAGAUGAGAUGAUAGUUGUUUUGAAAGGGGAAGCUUUAAAGAUUGUAAACGUUGAAGCGGUUGUUGGGCACCUAUGGAAAUUUAUAGCUGACCAUUCUGUGAUCCCUCUCUUUGAGAAAGAAUAUCUAGCUAGAGUCUCUCAAAUUCGUCAAGAAGAGGAAGCAUUAUCUGACUAUGCUGAACCGUCAAAUGUAACCGAUUCUGAUUCCUUGCUCUUGGCUGGGAGAGAAGCUCGCGUUCUGGAGCGCAAGAAUUGGAUGGAGUCACGUGUUCAGCCUCGGGAGUUAUUUAAUAUAUUUACGAGAUUUUGAUCCGUGUAAUUGUGCGGAUAUUCAUUUUGUUUUUAUAUAUGUUGAAAUUUUGUUUUUAUAUCUUAGUGAUAUAGUUAUAAACAUUAACUAUAUUUUCAAAUGAAUAUAUAUCAUUUUCAAUUUAAUAAUGUUAUGGUUUACA